AUGUCUACUAAUCCAUUUGAUCUAUUAGGUAACGACGUUGAAGAUCCAAGCGCUGUCGUCCCACCAGUCGUCAUCAAGGAAAUUGUCAAGAACACUACUUCUUCCAAAAAGACUGACACUCCACCAAAAUCUGCUGACCCAUCAAAGGCCAGAAAAAACAGACCAAGAGCCUCAGGUAACGAAGGUGCCAUCAAAGAUAAAUCCGCCGGUAGAUACAAGAACAAAUCAAAGGAUGUCCCAUCCUCUGCUGCCACCAACUCAAGAGACAAAUCAAGAAGAGCCACUGAUCGUCACUCUAGAUCAGGUAAAGCUGACACUGAAAAGAAAGUCAACCAAGGUUGGGGUGAUAACAACAAGGAAUUAUCCACUGAAAUCGCCGCUGAAGCUGAUGCCGCUGCUGAAAUUGAAGCUGACAAAGAAGUCGCUGAAGAAGAUGCUGGUUCUCAAAAGAUGUCAUUACAAGAUUAUUUGAAAUCUUCAGCUAACACUGAAUUAAACAAAGUCCCUGAACCAACUAAAAACAUUAACAAGUUGGAAGGUGCCGAAUUGUUCGUUAAGAAGGAAGAAGAUUACGUCCCAGCUACUAAGACUAAGAAUGUCAAGUCUAAACAAUUGAAGACUAAGAACUUUUUGGAUUUCAGCGCCACUUUCUCUGAUUCUUUACCUCAACAAAAGGGUGGUAGAAAGAACUUCAAUGGUAAAGGUGACCGUCGUGGUGGUAAGUCCAACAACAACAGACAAGGCAAGAGAUCUGACGCCAAUCCUGUUCAAAGGAAUGCUUCUAUUGACACCUCUAACUUACCAUCUUUGGCUUAA